AUGUCAGUUCUGGUUCAUGAGUUCAGUAAUGGAGUGAUGUUGCCGGUGGUGUCUCUAGGAUGUUGGUGUCUGGAGGCGAAGGAUGAGAGUACCAAGUCGGCGGUGGCUAUGGCUUUGAAGACGGGUUACAAGGCGUUGGAUGAUGCGUUUUGUUAUGAGAAUGAGGCAGUGAUUGGACCGAUUGUAUCUAAGUUUGAUGGUAAGGCGACAGCUCAUACGGAUGUGAAAGAGUGUGGUCCAUUUAAGGUGGUGUCUGAGGAGGAGUUUAGGAAGAGUUUUGAGAAGCCACAUGGGAAGCCGAGAGAUGACCGGAAGAUUUUUGUGACGUCAAAAGUUUGGGUAACUCAUUUUACUCCGGCUGGUGUUCGCGAGCAAUGUGAAGAGCACUUGAAGAACUUCGACCGAUCUUCUUGUGAUUUGAUGCUGCUUCACUGGCCAGGUAUUCAUGUAGGAUUCGACGAACCAGAAAGCUCUGGUGGUAGUAACCCUCUCUUCACCUUGGAGAACCAAAAGGCUGACCAAACACAGACAAGGAUUACUUGCUGGAGAACCAUGGAACAGAUGUACCACGAAGGCAAAUUCAGAGCCAUCGGAGUCAGCAAUUACAUGCCCAAACAUCUCCUACCCAUACUAGAAGAUGUCAAAGCCAGAAAGGCUGCUGGCGAUCUUAAAGCUAUGUACCCUAUGGUCAACCAGAUUGAGCUCAAUGUCUUCUGCCAGAUACCUCAAGACCUCGACAAAAUCUGCAAGGACCAUGGCAUACUCAUCACCUCCUACUCCACUCUCGGAGGCGUAAACAGCGUCGCCAAGCAUAUCACACAUCCUGUGGUCACCAAAAUUGCGGCAAAACAUAACGUCAAACCUGCUGCCGUUCUACUCAGAUGGGCCAUGCAAAUGGGCUACACCGUUCUGCCUCGAAGCACAAAGGAUGAGAGAGUUGUUGACAACUUUAACUUGUUCCACUUCAACAUGGACAAUGAGGAAAUGAAAGAACUGACCGCUCUCAACUCAAACGAGCGCAAUCUAAUGGACCCGAACGAAAUCAAUUAA